CGAAUUCUGGUCGACUGACUGAUUUGCUCUGCAGUGAAGAGAGGAGAAAGAAGAAGACAAUGGCGUCAGUAUCUUUGUUCAACAAAUUUCCCUGCAAAACCCAAACUCCGACCUCAUGUAACACUAAAUCCCAACUGAAACAUGCGAUUCUGGUGCCGAUGAGUUCGAUUAAUCGGAGGCCGACGGGUUUCGCCGGAGGAAUCUCCGUUUCUCGGCCUGUUUUCAGGGUCAGAGCCUCAGAGGUGAAAGAUGAGCGUGACGAUGAGCCGGCGGAGGAAGGAUCAUCUGUAUCGGUUGCGGAGAGCGCGGCGGCAAAGACCGUCGAGGUCGUGGAUGAGAUCGAGCAGCUGAAAAGAGCGUUGGUAGAUUCAUUGAACGGAACCGAUCGAGGUUUGAGCGCGUCGAGCGAUAAGAGGGCGGAAAUAGGGGACCUGAUCACGCAGCUCGAGGCGAAGAACCCUACACCUGCUCCGACCGAUGCUCUGUUUCUGCUCAACGGCAAAUGGAUUCUCGCCUACACAUCGUUCUCGGCUCUGUUCCCGUUGCUGUCACGAGGAUACGUGCCUGUCGUAAAAUUGGACGAAAUCUCUCAGAUGAUUGAUUCCGAUAAUUUCACCGUCCAGAACUCCAUACGCUUUGCCAGCCCUCUUGCUACAGCUUCCAUUAGCACCAAUUCCAAAUUCGAAGUCCGAAGCCCCAGACGUGUACAGAUCAAGUUUGAGGAGGGCAUUAUCGGUACUCCCCAGCUUACAGACUCCAUUCAAAUCCCUGAAGAGGUUAAGGUCUUGGGGCAGAAGAUCAAUCUAACCCCCAUUAAAGGCCUACUCACCUCACUCCAAGGCACAGCCUCUUCCAUGGCGAAAACCAUUUCAAGCCAGCCGCCAUUGAAGUUCUCUCUACCAGGAAGCAACGCUCAGUCAUGGCUGCUCACAACGUACCUCGACAAAGAUCUUCGGAUUUCAAGGGGUGACGGUGGAAGCGUCUUCGUUCUCUUCAAAGAAGGCAACUCUCUCUUGAAACCUUCGAACUAAUAUCACAACCAGCGACCCUCUCGGGAAAAUGGAUAGUAGCCAUGGCCAAAUAGAAUUAAUCGUGUUAUGUAUUCUCAAGUGUUCUAUAUCUAAUGGUUCCUCUAGUUUAACUUG